AUGGCCCCCAAGUACACAAACAAGCUCGUCAACCAACGAGUGUUGGUUUUUGGAGGCACCUCUGGCAUUGGCUUCGCUGUUGCUGAAGCCGCCUUCGAGCACGGUGCUCAUUUGGUAAUUUCGAGUUCUAAUCAGUCAAAGCUCGAUAAGACCGUUGCUCGCCUGAAGGAGGCCUACCCUGCGGAAUUCGAAAAGCAAACCAUCACCACCCACGUCUGCGAUCUCUCUGAUACCGCAAACCUCGAUGCCAACCUCGAAAAGCUGUUCCAAGCUGCUACUGACGGCGGUGCUGUUAAGCUCAAUCACAUCGCCACAACUGCCGGCGACGCUCUGAAUCUUCCCAAACUCGCUGAGCUCUCACCCGAUGCCAUCUACGGCGGCAUGGCCGUCCGCUAUGUGGCGCCGGCCAUGAUGGCCAAGUUCAUUCCAAAAUACAUGGAAAACUCGCCAUCCAGUUCUUUCACCCUCACCGGUGGUUUGCGUGGCCAGAAACCUUACCCCGGAUGGACCAUGGCCACGGCCACCUGCUGCGCAAUCGACGGGCUUGUCCGCGGCCUGGCUCUGGACCUCAAGCCUGUGCGUGUGAAUGUAGUUCACCCGGGCGCAGUCAACACCGAGUUGUUCAGAAUGUUCCCUAAAGAAAAACUGGAUGGCAUGCUGAAGAUGUUCCAGGAUGCUUCGACCACCGGGACUGUUGGCAAGCCGGAGGAUCUGGCGGAGAGCUAUAUCUACCUCAUGAAGGAUCACUUCGUCACGGGCAGCACCAUCGAGUCGAACGGUGGCGCAGCAUUGAAAUAA